UGCCGUCUUUGUUGCCCGCGGAGCCGGGUGCGCCCGCUGCAGCCAUGCCCAGCGCCGCGCCGCUGCUCCUGCUGCUCUGCGCGCCGGGCGCCCUCGGAUCCGCUCCAGGGCACCUGGAGACCUGGAAGCCUCUGGACAUCGUGCACCCGGUCCGUGUGGACGCGAGAGGCUCGUUCCUGUCCUUUGAGCUGUGGCCACGUGCACUAAAUAGGCGGGAGGAGUCAGCGAGGCCCCGCGCCUCGCCCACCUUCUACAAGUUGCAGUUCCAAGGGCGUGCUCUUCGCUUCAACCUCUCCGCCAACACGCGGCUGCUGGCACCCGGCUUCCUGGUGGAGACACGUAGGCAUGGAGGCCUGAGCCAGGUGGUCCUGCACCCAGGUGCAUACCCGCCUGCCUGCCACCUGCUGGGUCAAGUGCAGAGUCACGUGCAGGAUCACGAGCAGGGCCCAGCAUCCCAGCCCGGCAGCGCCGCCAUCAGUGCCUGUGAUGGGCUGAAAGGCGUGUUCCAGCUGUUCAACGAGGACUACUUCAUCGAGCCCCUGCGCGGGGUCCCCGCCCAACCUGGCCAAGCCCAGCCCCACAUACUAUACCAGCAUGAAGCCCCAGAUGGACACGGGAACUCCAGCUCCUCAACCACCUGUUGGGUGCAAGAGUCCCCAGAUGCAGAGCCUCAGCGAGAGCGUUGGCAACAGCGGCACCGGCGGCACCAGCAGCAGCGGCCGAGGCGCCGACACCUUCGCUCAGUCAGCAAAGAGAAGUGGGUGGAGACGCUGGUGGUCGCUGACACCAAAAUGGUGGAGUUCCAUGGGCAGCCCGACGUGGAGAGCUAUGUGCUGACAGUCAUGAACAUGGUGGCCGGCCUGUACCAUGACCCCAGCAUUGGGAACCCCAUUCACAUCACCAUCGUGCGCCUGAUCCUGCUGGAAGAGGAGGAGGAGGACCUGAAGAUCACACACCACGCGGACAACACCCUGUGGAGCUUCUGCAAGUGGCAGAAGAUGAUUAACCCGAAGGGGGACUCGCACCCGCUGCACCACGACAUGGCCAUCCUGCUCACCAGGAAGGACCUGUGUGCGGCCAGGAACCAGCCCUGUGAGACGCUGGGCAUGUCGCAUGUGGCAGGCAUGUGCCAGCCCCACCGCAGCUGCAGCAUCUGCGAAGACACAGGUCUUCCCCUGGCCUUCACCGUGGCCCACGAGCUUGGACACAGCUUUGGUGUCCAGCACGAUGGCCUUGGCAACCCGUGUGUGUCCCAGGGGAAGAGUCCUUUCAUCAUGUCUCCGCAGCUCCUGUACAGCACGACGCCCCUCACCUGGUCCCCCUGCAGCCGCCAGUAUAUCACCAGGUUCCUCGACCGGGGCUGGGGCAUGUGCCUGGACGACCCGCCAUCCAAGGACGCCAUCGACUUCCCUUCUGUACCUCCUGGCAUUCUCUAUGACGUAGGCCACCAGUGCCGCCUGCAGUAUGGGGGCAACUCUGUCUUCUGCCAGGACAUGGAUAAUGUCUGCCACACGCUCUGGUGCUCAGUGGGGACUACCUGCCACUCCAAACUGGACGCCGCAGUGGACGGCACCCGCUGUGGGGAUAACAAGUGGUGUCUGAACGGGGAGUGCGUGCCUGUGGGCUUCCGACCCAAGGCCGUGGACGGGCAUUGGUCAGCGUGGACCUCCUGGUCUGAGUGCACACGGAGUUGCGGUGUGGGUGUGCAGAGCAUGGAGAGGCAGUGCACGCAGCCCAUGCCCAGAUACAAAGGCAAGUACUGCGUGGGUGAGAGGAAGCGCUUCCGGCUCUGCAACCUUCAGGGUUGCCCCCCUGGCCACCCCUCCUUCCGUCAGCUGCAGUGCAGCAAAUUUGACACAGAGUGGAUGGAGAACAGGCAGCACACGUGGGUGCCCGUGGUCAAUGAUGUGAACCCCUGUGAGCUGUACUGCCAGUCCACCAACGAGCACUUUGUGGAGAAGCUGCUGGACGCCGUGGUCGAUGGCACCCCCUGCUAUCAGAACCGGCCCAGCCGUGAUGUGUGCAUCAACGGGAUCUGCAAGAAUGUGGGCUGUGACUUUAUCAUCGACUCGGGGGCCGUGGAGGAUCGCUGCGGUGUGUGUAAAGGCGAUGGCUCCACCUGCCUCACCGUGAGCACAACCUUUGAAGAGGCCGAGGGCUCAGGCUAUGUGGACAUGGAACUGAUCCCAGUUGGUGCCCGUGACAUCCACAUUGUGGAGGUGACCUCAUCGAAGAACUUCCUGGCCCUGAGGGGCGAAGACCCGGACAAGUACUUCCUCAACGGGAACUGGACCAUUCAGUGGGAUGGGGACUACGAGGUGGCCGGCACCAUCUUUACCUACUCGCGCUACGGCGAUCUGGAGAACCUCACGUCCCCAGGCCCCACCCGGGAGCCCUUGUGGAUCCAGCUCCUGUUCCAGACGAGCAACCCAGGGGUACACAUCCAGUACAUCGCCCCACUGGGCAUGGUGACCCGUGGCCAGGGGCAUUUGCCCAAGUUCUCCUGGAGCUUUGGGCCCUGGACCCAGUGCUCGGUGACCUGUGGCUCAGGCAUGCAGAGGCAGAAUGUGCAUUGCAUGGAGCAGCACACGGGGCUGGUGGAUGAGCGGCACUGUGACCCCCUGGAGCGACCUGAAGACCAGCAGAGGCCCUGCAAUGAGGAUCCCUGCCCGGCCAGGUGGUGGACUGGCGAGUGGCGUCCUUGCACGCACUCCUGCGGGCCAAAUGGCCUGGCGGUGCGCUCCGUGCUCUGCAUCCGCAGUGUGAGCCUGGACGAACAGAGCGCCCUGAAGCCAGCUGACUGUGGGCACCUGCUCCCACCGGCCUCUGAGAUCCCCUGCAACCGCCACGUGCCCUGCCCACAUACCUGGGCAGUGGGGGACUGGUCCCAGUGCUCUGUGACGUGUGGGGUGGGCAUCCAGCGCCGGAUGGUCGAGUGCAGCCAUGGCGAUUCCUGUGACGAGGCCCAGCGGCCAGCCAGUGAAGGUCCUUGCUCCCAGCGACCCUGUGAGGGCUCAGAUGGCUCGGGCAGUGGCUUCUCCAACAAUGAGAACUUAAAUGAGGUGGACAUAGUCCCCGGCCGCCGGGCCCCCAGCCCUCCAACCCCCAUGCCUGCCAGCGUGAGCAAUGCCAUCGAGGACCCCUUUCUGGAGCCAGUGGUCGUGGAUGACUUCUACUAUGACUACAAUUUCAUCACCUUCCACGAGAAUCUGGAAGCUGGGCCCUACUCACAGCAGGGCUCUGACCAGGACAUCUGGGGAUGGACUUCACCAACAGACACCCCCACACCGGCUGCAGAGUCUACCCCUCCCCCCAGCCAGGAUGACCACAGCUUCUCACUUCCCUUUGAGCAGACCCCGGGGGACCCCUGGGACAAGCUCUCAUCUGAGGCUCCAGACCCCAGGGAGUCCAUCUCCAAGCAGACCAGCAGAGGCAGCCUGGAGAUGGGGCUCAUGCUACAGCAUGGCCCUGUGGCUGCCCACUGGGCGGGCCACAGGGGGAAGGGCCUGCACUUCCAUGCUCUGGGCUCAGAGAGCUGCAUCCUCCUGGGACCCUGGUGCUCCACCACCUGUGGCCUGGGUGCAGUCUGGAGGCCCGUGUACUGCAGCUCAGGCCGGGAUGAGGACUGUGCCCCCGAUGGCCGGCCCCAGCCAGCCCGUCGCUGCCACCUCCGCCCCUGUGCCACGUGGCGUACAGGCAACUGGAGCAAGUGCUCCCGCAGCUGUGGUGGCGGAGUCUCCGUGCGGGAUGUGCAGUGUGUGGACGCCUGGGACCUCCGGCCCCUGCGGCCUUUCCACUGCCAGCUGGGGCCUGUGCAGCCACCCACCCGGCAGCUCUGUGGGGCCCGGCCCUGUCUCAGCUGGUCCACCUCGUCCUGGAGGGAGUGUUCCGAGGCCUGUGGUGGGGGCCAGCAGCAGCGCCUGGUGACCUGCCCAGAGCCCGGCCUUUGUGAUAACGAGACGAGACCCAACAGCUCACAGCCCUGCAACACACAGCCCUGCACCCAGUGGGCGGUGGGGCCCUGGGGCCAGUGCUCAGCCCUCUGCGGUGGCGGUGUCCAGCGGCGCCUGGUGAGCUGUGUCAACAUGCAGACGGGGCUGCCCGAGGAGGACAGUGACCAGUGCAGCCAUGAGGCCUGGCCUGAGAGCUCGCGGCCGUGCGGCACCCAGGACUGCAUACCCUUUGUGCCGCUCAACUGCGAGCGGGACCGCUUGGUCUUCAGCGCCUGUGAGAUGCUGCGGCUGCUUGGCCGCUGCCAGCUGCCCACCGUGCGCACCCAGUGCUGCCGCACCUGCCGCCUGGAUGACUUUAGCGACCUGGCCCGCGGCCACCAGCGGGCUGCCCGCCGCUGACUGCCACUUGACUCCAGACCAGCCAGACCUCAGCCCCCGCCCCGGCCACGGGGGCCCUCACCUGAUGGUGCUGACCCGGGCCCCUCCCCCAGAAAAGGUAUUUUUUUUUCUAUUUUCAUGUUCUCAUCCAUAAAGGCCUGUGUCUCCACGAAACUCCACUUCCUGGGUGGGAGACUCCGCUUAGAGGGGCUGGCCAGAACCCUGCACCCAAGGACAUGCCAUACCCAGCCCGGCCCUGCCCACCUCUAGGGUCCGGGAAGCCAGGGAGACACUUGGUUUUAGCCUCUGUGCUAUUCCGAUGGGGACAGUCUGAGCUGCCAGUCGUGACUCAGGCGGGCGGGGCUGCUCCAGACAAAUAUGGGCUCCCAGGGGCCCCCACCCCAGACGUACUCCUGGGGCCCCUCCUGGUGGUAACUGCAUCUCCAGCCAGAACGUUACACAAAUUAGUUUAUUUGUCUUUUACUAUGACAACUCAGACUUUAGCUUGCAGGGCAGCACAGAGGCUGCAGUGACAUGGAUAUGGCCCUGACCACCCGUGGUCAAGUCGGGGAGUGUCCCUUUGGGCACUGGGCCAGCACCAGGCACAGCACCCAAGGCCCCCAGGACAAGAGCUGCCACCCUGCACUGUGGCAUGGCAGGGAAGGAGCAGCGGGCAGCAUCCCGGGGCACUGGCCACUGCAGGCACAUGCAGUCUAGAAAAACCUUGGUAUAAAAGCCUAUAAAAAUAGAAACUGUAAUGAAAAUGUACAAAAGUAUGAACACAUCAGGCCCUUGCCUGCCCCAGGGCCUUGGGGAAUGACCUUUGAUGGGUUGCUGGAGUAGCUGGCUCUGUCCCGUCUCUGCUGCCCGUGCCUUCCAGAGGGGAGCCCCCCGCCCCAGAAGUGCUUCUGCCUUCUCAUGGACAUGGCUGACGCUCAGACACCCAGAGCCCCGGACCCUCU